AUGACUUUUAGAUUUAAUUUUUCGACUGACGACCAAGAUGUAUCAGAUAAUGAUGUGGAAGUUGUGCAAGGUCAACAAACAAAUACAAAAGAAGAAAAUGUUGAUUUUAUUCCUGCACGAGAAUUUGUAGUAAAUGAAUCAGUGACUCUCCCGCCAACAUUCAUCUGCAAUCGUAUUACUCUUUCUCAUUCCGUCUCCAUCUUCAAACGACAUCUCUCCGACAUCAAGCUCCAUCUUGCACAAUCUAACGCAGACCACCUGUUGGAUGUCUCUGCAGAUAGUGAUUUAGUUAUUGGAGUGUACGAAGGUGGAUUAAAGACAUGGGAAUCUGCUGGCGAUCUGCUGGAAUAUUUGGGAUUAUUGUUCGAAAGAGGAGAGUUUAAUGUCGAAAUGAGUGGGAAAUGUUUAGAGUUGGGUUGUGGGUCCUCUCUCCCCGGUGUUUAUAUGCUCGUCCGUUGUCCUUUGAUUAGAGUUGAUUUCCAAGAUUACAACGAGCAAGUCAUUGGACACGUGACUAUACCUAACAUAUUAUUGAAUACUGCUCUUGCUCCGAGCGAUAACGAUAUCGACAAGAACAACACUGCUGAAGUUGAUAUACCCGACAGCUCGAACUUGUUGGAAAAGGUGACUGAAAGAAGCAAAUUCUUUAGCGGUGAUUGGAGUGGACUGAAGGACGUUCUCGAUAUGAAAUCAAAUAGUGAUAAAUAUGAUAUAAUAUUAACGUCAGAGACUAUAUACAAUAUUUCUUCAAUGCCCAAGCUUUAUAAUGUCAUUAAAGAAUCUUUGAAACGGCCGACUGGGAUUGCUUACGUGGCCGCCAAAACAAUGUAUUUUGGAGUUGGAGGAGGAGUGUUGCCAUUCAAACAGUUGGUUGAGGCAGAUGGUAUAUUCAACAUUGAAGUUGUAUUCAAUGUGACUCACGACGUAAAAAGAGAGGUACUAGAGUUGAGGUACAAGUGA